UGCUCACUUCGGUCACACUCUCCACCCUCCUCCUCUGAGUCAUGCUGGCGACUUCCCUCCCUGCCUCUGGGCUCCUAACUGCCUCUGUUCAGGGCUUCUUCAGUACUCUGGCCCGGCUGUCCUGCAGCAGCCCCGGAACUCAGAGCCGUGUUGGGCCUUCCAGUCAUGAGCAGGACCUGCACAGCCCACCUCCUGUUCACGGCCUUAGCUGCUUCUCUCGGCUUCAACUUGGACACGCAGCAGACGAGCAGCUUCCAUGUUGACAGCCCUGGGUUUGGACACAGCGUGGCCCAGUACGGCAACUCCAGGGUGGUGGUUGGAGCCCCGCAGGAGGUCAAGGCUGCCAACCAGACAGGGGGCCUCUACCAGUGUGACUACAGCACGGGCCAGUGUGAGCCUGUCUUGCUGCGGGUGCCCCCGGAGGCUGUGAACAUGUCCCUGGGGCUGUCCCUGGCCACUGCCACCAACCCCACCCGGCUGCUGGCCUGCGGGCCUUCCGUGCACCAAGCAUGCAGACAGAACAUGUACUUGAUGGGGUUGUGCUUCCUGCUGGCCUCCCCUGCCCAGAGGCGUGAAAGGCUUCCGGAUGCCCUGCAGGAAUGCCCACGGCAGGACCAGGACAUCGUGUUCCUGGUUGACGGCUCUGGCAGCAUCACCCCCAGAGAGUUUGGCACAAUGAUAAACUUUGUGAAGUCUGUGAUGAGCCAGUUCCAGAGACCCAGCACCCAGGUUUCUCUGGUGCAGUUUUCCAACCGAUUCCAGAUACACUUCACUUUCAAUGACUUCGCCUCCAGUUCAGACCCACUCAGCCUGCUGAACCCUGUGCACCAGCUGCAAGGGUUAACGUACACAGCCACGGCCAUCAGGAACGUCAUAAAUCAACUGUUCACCACCCAAAGUGGGGCCCGCAGGGAUGCCACUAAGGUCCUGAUCGUCAUCACCGAUGGGCGUAAAGAAGGAGAUUUCCUGGAGUACAAGGAUGUCAUCCCCAUGGCGGAGGCGGCAGGCGUCAUGCGCUACGCCAUUGGGGUUGGAAAAGCUUUUCAAACUAAGGGUUCCCUGAAUGAAUUAAAUCAGAUUGCAUCGAAUCCCUCCUACAUAUUUAAAGUGGAGAACUUUGACGCUUUGAAGGCCAUUCAAAACCAGCUGAAGGAGAAGAUCUUUGCCAUCGAGGGUACCGAGGCCGUAAGCAGCAGUUCUUUCGAACUGGAGAUGUCCCAGGAGGGCUUCAGUGCUGUGUUCACGCCCGAUGGACCCGUUCUGGGGUUUGGGCAGUCCCUGAGCGGGGGCCAGGACCUCACCCAGGACGGACUGGCGGACCUGGCCGUGGGAGCCCAGGCCCAGGUGCUGCUGCUCAGGACGAGACCGGUCCUCGGGGUGGGGGUGACCGUGCAUUUCACGCGAGCAGAGAUCCCCAGGUCUAUGUUCGAGUGUCAGGAACAGGUGGCCCCUGUCCAGGACCUAGCUGAUGCCAAGAUCUGCUUUGAAAUUUAUGAAAGUACCAAGAGUCAAGGAGGUAACCUCCGGAGCUCUGUGACCUUCGAACUUACCCUUGACCCUGGCCGUCUGAGUCCACGUGCCAUCUUCAAGGAGACAAACACCCGGACUCUGACUCAAACCCAAGUCUUCCGGCUGAGCCGGCGCUGUGAGACUGUGAAGCUGCUUCUCCCGGCCUGUGUGGAGGACUCAGUGAGCCCCAUUGCCUUGCGCCUCAACUUCUCCCUGGAGGGCAAGCCCAUCCCUUCCCUCAGAAACCUCCAACCUGUGCUGGCCCCAGACGCUCACACGUGCUUCUCGGCCUCUUUGCCCUUUGAGAAGAACUGUGGAGCUGACCACAUUUGCCAGGAUGACCUUGGCAUCACCUUCGGCUUCUCGGGCUUGAAGACCCUGGUGGUGGGGAGCACCUUGGAGCUGAAUGCAGAAGUGACAGUGUCCAACGAUGGUGAAGACUCCUAUGGAACUGCAGUUACCUUCUUCUACCCAGAAGGGCUGUCCUAUCGACGAGUGGCAGGACAUCAGGACCAGCAGCAGAUUCGCUCCCCGAGGCUGACAUGUGACAGCGCCCCUGCUGGGAGCCAGGGCACCCGCUGCAGCAUCAACCACCUCACGCUCCGAGGGGGCACACAGGUCGCCUUCGUGCUCACCUUUGAUGUCUCUCCCAAAGCUGAGCUGGGAGACCGGCUGCUUGUGAUAGCCAACGUGAGCAGUGAGAAUAACACCCCCAGGACCAGCAAGACCACCUUCCGGCUGGAGCUCCCGGUGAAGUAUGCUGUCUACACUGUGAUCAGCAGCCACGAACAGUCAGUCAAGUACCUCAACUUUUCAGCCUCAGAGGAGGAGAGAAGCGGUGUGGCCAUGCACAGAUACCAGGUGCAUAACCUGGGUCAGAGGGACUUGCCUGUCAGCAUCAGCUUCUGGGUGCCUGUGGGGCUGAAUGGAGCAGCUUUGUGGACGGAGGUGGAGGUCUCCCACCCUCAGAAUCCAUCCACCCAGUGUUCCUCGGAGAGACUGGUUCCCACAGAGGCUGACUUCCGGACUCACAUGCAGAAGAACCCUGAGCUGGACUGCUCUGUGGCUGACUGCCUGAGGUUCCACUGUGAUGUCCCGUCCUUUGGCAUCCAGGAGGAACUUGACUUCAUCCUGAAGGGCAACCUCAGCUUCGGCUGGGUCAGCCAGACACUGCAGAAGAAGGUGUCGGUCGUCAGUGUGGCUGAAAUCACAUUCAACAGGUCCAUGUAUGCCCAGCUUCCAGGGCAGGAGGCAUUUCUGAGAGCCCAGCUGAAGACAGUGCUGGAGAAGUAUGAAGCCCACGACCCUGUGCCCCUCCUGGCGGGCAGCUGUGUGGGAGGGCUGCUGCUCCUGGCUCUCAUCACAGCCUCGUUGUACAAGGCUGGCUUCUUCAAACGUCAGUACAAGGAAAUGAUGGAGGAAGCAAAUGGACAGGUUGGCCCAGAAAAUGAGACAUCAGACCCCCAAGCUGUCCAGUGAGAAACUACUCCCUGUGCUCCUUUGGACCCGGCCUGCACCCAGAGAUUUACCAGCCGUUACCCAGCGGGGAGGCAGCAUUCCACAUGAGGGCAACUGAGGCCAAGCUGUUUCACUCUUGGGAGCACGCGAUGUGCCACCCGGAAAGUCUUGUUCCGGGAAGGACAUCUGACCCCUUACGGCUCGUAGAACCCUGAGGACUGGCUCUUUGCCCUGACACAGAAGACUUGACUUGGAAUUAAUACCUAAAAAUACGUGGGCUAAAGUUGCAAGCCCCAGUGUUCCUUCCUCUGCCAGCCACCAAUGAUCUUUCUAAAGUGCAGAACUGAAUAAGCCACCCCUCCUUGUCUAUCUUCAGUGGGUGCCCAUUUCUCCCACGACAGUGUCUGAAUUCUCCAGCUUGUUGUGAAAAGUACAGUUUUGUCUCCUGAAGAUGGGCUUCAGAGCACAUGGUGCUUCCUUGUCAUCCUCAUUUCUAGUAAAAUACUGCCAACAGAAGCUCUUAGCUUCUUUUUGGAAUCUCAGGCCAAAUUGGAAUAAAAUGUCUCCGAAUUGCACUGUGUGAAGCUGGCGUCCAGCUGUGAGGUGCAUCCUCACAGGAGGGGACCCAGGGCUACCACAGGUCAACCAGUUCCAGGGCAGAAGAGGCCCAGCCCACUUCCAGAUUUUGAAGUUCUAAAUGUAGUGAAUGAGUAAUCCCAGAACAUGAUUAUAAAAAAGUAUAUUUCAAAUGUUUGUAUCAAUAAAUUAAAACAUGCACAAAAAGUCUAUGUAACUAAUAGAAACUGUGUCAAAGGUCUGAGGUUAAGGCCUUCUACAGGUGUGAGUCACGGACAGUAGAGGCCAUCGGGGCUCUUCAUCGUGGCAAAUGCUGGCCAGCCUGAGGCCUGCGGCCAGGAGAAGAGUGUUAAACAGAGUGGCGUUAUGAACAUCUCUCUGUGGGGUAACUUGAGCUCCUCAUCCACUGUCCUUAAGGCUGUUGGAAACUGAGGGGAGGGGCAGGGAUAGAGAAGCGGCCAGGCUCAGUGGCUGCCCCUCUGCCUGGAAAGGUCCCCAGAGUGAACCAAUGCACAGGUGUUUCCUACCAAGCUUAGGCUGUGUUGAGGGUGCUCAGAUGAUCAGACUUUAGGAGAAUCUGGCCUAGAAUGAUGUUUGUCAGAAUGGGUUCCACAAAUCUCAGGUGAUCACUGAUGAUCUUCUAAGUUUUAGAACAAAAAGCAAGAGACAAUUUUAUCUUCAUACACUGCAAACAUUUGAAAUACGCCAUUUGUAGCGCUGCCUCCUUAGUAUUGUGUUCUUAAAGGCAGCACAUGGACUCAGAAGACAGCAAUGUGCUCCUGGUUCACAUUCAGGCAACGGAUGUUAUUUUCACAUCUUCCUUUGUGUGCUGUUGUUUUCAUUCAGUACACUUGCACUUUGGGGGUUGCCAUUGUGUUGUGUUAUAUUCCCAAAUCAUACAAAUGGAACAAUGGCUCAAAAGCAUGAAAAUUGUAAUAACUAUUAUUACUACAAUGGAGUAUCAUGUCAUCAAAAUUAGCACUGACUUUUUUAUUGAAUCUAGUGCACGCACAGAAUAGAAAUGUGUGAAUGCUUGGAUGAGUGUUUAUAAGCCAAAAAUAAAAUAUAUCUAGGAAAUAUU